AUGGGUUGCUUGGUUUUACCGGCCUCGUUACUGCGACGGCGUUGCAUGGGAUAUCGGCCUCUAGCGGAGGAUGACGCAUACAGUGAUUUGGACCGACGAGUGAUGGUGGUGGUAGGCAAAGAGAGGAGGGAGUUUUUGGUUGAGUCAUUUGUGCUGGAGGAGAGCCCGUUUAGGGUAUUGAUGGAGACAAUGAAGAAAGAUAAUGGAGGUGAAGUAAGUGAUGGUAAAAGGAGGGUGAUAUUUGUGGAUGUGGAUGCUAUCUUGUUUGAGCACAUGCUUUGGUUGAUGAAUAAUGACUGUUCCUCACUGUUUCAGCUUAAUGUGGAGGAGAUUCUUGACUUUUAUUCUCAAGAUAAUUAG